AUGUCGAGGUCAAAGAUUCUAAACAGUGACAAGGAGAUAAACGCAUUUCGCUUCAAUUUGAAGGAACAGCGAUGUCUUCAGAAAAACUUAAGCAUCCUUGACGCAGAAGCACUGUAUUCCCUCAAACUUAUAGAUCUUGAUAACAGAGGGAUCCGAGUGUUUUACAAGCGUUUCAAGGACAAAGUAUCACGUAUCAAAUCUCACCUUAAUGCCGAGGACCUGGCCGCCAUGCAGGAUUUAGAAGCAAGAGGGAAAAUGCCAAACAUCAACAAAAACAUGAACAGCAGUGGAGCUCUGAGGAUAGCAGACGCUGAGAAACGUUUGAAAAUUCAAAGUACAGAUAAUACCCGAAAGGCCAAAAGUGCAAAUCCUCUGAUGAGACAGAACACACGAAACAGUGUUGAGUCUCUGGUACCACAUGACAGAGGGUACCAGAGGCCGAACACAACCAGUGGAGCCAGCGAUAGAAGUUUGUCAUCGUCUUUAAACUUGCGACAAGAUGCAUCUAAGCACGGUUCUGUCGGUGUAUUGCUCGACACUGUUGAAUUGCCAAGAGGAACGCCACGUAGUAAACCUUCUUAUGGAAGACAAAUAUCAAAGCCGGGACAGUUCAGUCAUCGUUCUUUGGAUCUGGAUACUGCCAAUAGUAAUAAUGUUAAAAGUCCAAAAAGCCCGAGAAGUCCUCGGAGUCCUCGAAGUCCUGCAUUAGCCGGAUCCCCUACUAAGCCACCAUCUAUCCUUGUUAACUCUGUCAAAAGUAUAAUGACGAAAAUUCGAGAAUCAAAAAACUGCACUUCAUCAGAAGAUGUCAAUGAUCCCAAACAAAAUAGUCCUAAAAAAAUGCAUGUUCGCAUAGACACAGACGCAGUGUCCGUCUGUCCUGAUCCCUCAGCACAGGAAGCUGGAAAUUCAUCAAAUGACUCGAACUGUCUUGCUGUUCCUAGAUUAGGUGACAGGAAACCUCACCUGCUAGGGAAACCAUUACAGAAUAACCUCGCGGAAAGUCAGGACGAUGCCAUUGUGUCUUUAGAUAAGGAUGGCAAGCCCAAGAGGACAGAUAAAGGGGACGAAGGAUACGAUAUAGGGCCGGACCGGCUAAGUCUAAGCCGAGUGUCUAACGUGACACGAUAUAGCAGUGCUUCCGCUGGCCAAUUCUCUUGUCACUCGAUACAGGACAGAGACAGCACAGCUCCAUCCAGAUUGGACAUCUUUGCUGGCAGUGACGAUAAAAUCGGAGAAUACCUAGGCGAAGACCCAUAUGAGGAGAGGCGUCAGAAGUUAAUAUCUGGUGAACAAGAACGGAUACAGGACAUUCUAGAUCAAAAGGAAUUGUUUUUGGAAAGACUCGACUUGUAUAUUAGGGAGAUGGAGAAGAAGAAUCGACAGAUGUCAGUAAUUGCUCCGAGCAUGGAUAUACCUGACAGUGUCCUCCGACAGACACGUAGGGAAGCCGGAGAGCGGGCAAAGGCAUCAAGACUAAAUAAAAUGAGGCAGGGAAUGCACAGGUCUUCAAUAUCAGAAGAGGAGAGAAAGCGCCGUGCCCAAGAGAUGUGGAAAGAUGUAAAUAAGUGUAGGUACCUUAGAGUACCUUCAGACAGAAUAGACCUUUCUGGGAUUGUGACACUGGCUACUGAACAAAUGAAACUACUGGGCGCAAUGCGAAAUAUUGAGGAAUUAUAA